GGCAGGGAGGGUUAUUCACGGCCCUGGUAUGCGCCGCGCUGCUCCGGCCGCCGGUGCCUCCGCCGCCCCCGGCUCCCCCGGCCCUCCCCAGCCGCGGGGCAGCGAGCGAGGAAGCCGGGGAGGAGGAGGAAAGAUGAAUCUGCUUCUCCGCUGCCUGGGCAUUGCUGCUCUCCUGGGGUCCAGCCUGGCCUGCCCCGGGACCUGUGCUUGCUCCCUGAAGAAGAAUGGGCGCCUGCUGGCAGAGUGUGCCUACAGGGAUCUGCAGGAGGUGCCGGAGGGGCUGUCGCCCAACGUGACGAUCCUCACUCUGUCGGCCAACAGGAUCAGCUCGCUCUGGAAGGAUUCCUUCUCUGAGGUUCCCGAAGUGCAGUCGCUGUGGCUGGGCUACAACCAGAUAAGCUCCAUCGAGCUGGGCACUUUUGCACAGCUGGUGCAUUUGAAGAACCUGGAUCUGAGCCACAACAAGAUUGUAGAUUUCCCCUGGAAAGAUCUCCGCAACCUCAGUGACCUGCAGAUCCUGAAGAUGAACUACAACCGCCUGGCUGGGCUGCCCCGGGAUGCCUUCUACUCCCUGAAGGAUCUGCGGUCCCUGUGGCUCAAUGACAACGACCUGACCACCCUGGCAGAGGGCACUUUUGACAACCUACCCUCCUUGUCCCAGCUGCAGAUCUUCAACAACCCCUUCAAUUGCUCCUGCAAGGUCUUCUGGCUGAAGAAGUGGACCGAGAACACCUCUGUCUCCAUCACCAAGGGGGGGUCUAUCCUGUGCGUGGCUCCCAGCAGGCUCAAAGGGAGGGCUGUAACAGACAUCCCCGACCACUACUGCACCGCUCCCUCUGUGCAGCUCACCUACCUCUCCAAUCUGGACAACACUGUCAUGUACGACGGCCUCACCCUCACUCUGCACUGCAGCGUGGCGGGCACUCCUCCACCAGAGGUCAGGUGGAAGAUCCAGACCUCCAGCCGGAGCAUCGAGAUCAACAGGCCCAACGCGGCAAGAGACGGAAACAUCCUGCCUCCCAGGCGCAAUAAGCAGAGCCAAGAGCACUUCCUGGUCUUCAAGAACGGCACCAUGGCCAUCCCCAACUUCAGCAAGGAAGAUGAAGGCAUCUAUACCUGCCUAGCUGUCAAUGAUGUGGGCAUGCGUGAGGUCUCAGUCAACGUGGCCUUGGCUGGGUCGGAGAAUCCAGCCGAUGACCUGCUCCGAAACGCCCCCCAGGCCAGCCACCUGGGAGGCCGGAGCUGCUACAAGGGAGAUGAGUUGGAUCCCUCUGGUGCCGGGGAAAAGCUGGUGAUUGUUUACCAUAUGCCAAGGGAGUCAAAGAGCAAGGCUGGAGUAGUGCCUCAAGUCUGGCUGGGGACCCUCCUGCUGACUUUGGGCAUUGCUCUCUGUUGUUGAAGGAAGGAGGAGGAAACAGUGCCUUGGGGCUUCCCUCUCUUUCUGUAUCAUUUAUCUUCACGUAGUGCCAUGCGUUUGCUGAGCUUCUGGGAACCGCAGGAGAUCAGGAGUCAAAGGGGAUCCGAGACUCAAGCCCAGGGCUGCUAUUUCAACCCUUCAUUAGAUGGGAAUCAGGGCUGGGCUCCAUUAGUUGAGAGCUUCAAACAAGCUAGAGUGAAAUCAGAUCUGAGGGCAGAUCUUCACCGUGCCUGCCUCCUUCCAGGUGUUCAAAUCUGCCACCUACUAACUUAGCUCCCCUCCAAUGCCAAAGUGCAGCUGCAGGAAAAAAAGGCCACCCUUGAUGGGGGGAAGCGGCACCCAGCCUGGGAGCCCGUCUCUGCCACCACAAGCCCUCCUCCAUCUGCAAUAGCGCGCAGCAGUGAGGGAGGGGAGGCGAUAUCUCGCAGAGAGGAUCUCAUCAGUCCACCGACACAUAAGGGAAGCAAAGAUAAGAUCCCAACAGCGAGCCAGAUGGCCAGACACCUGGUCCCUUUGCUAGCCAGGCACUUACUGUCCUACUACCAACCUCAUGCUAAACACUAAGAGUAUAAAAGCCAGCCUGAGAUUGGAGAAAUAGCCUCAGUACGGCGUGCUGGGGUCGCUGGGCAUGUGGCUCUAGGUGGACAGAGAUAACAGCAGUGCUGUGUAAGCAGUACAGGUAUGCUGGGGAGGAGCAAGGGCAUGUUGUACCCGGCCGUGGGCUCAAAUCAGGCUCUUUUUGCAGAGCAGUGGAAGCUUUUCCACUGUCUUCAUCCCUGUAGGAGCACAAACAGCUCCUGCUGGCUGGAUCCUGGGAGCAUCCAAGGUGUCUGCACCCUUCCCAGGCAUGGAGGCUCUCUGCAUUUUGCAGGAUCAGGCCCUGCCACCCUCUCCCAGGUGCGAUGCGGUUGAUUCUCACCUCCCUUUCGCCGCUGAAGCCUGCUGGGCUGGGCUGGACCCACCGAGCUGCACUGCUCUGGCUCCAAACCUGCCUCAGAGACUUCAGCAACAGGAGGGGAACUGAGCCCAGAGAGACCCAAAUCACUUCUCAGUGCUCCUCUCUGAAGGGAAACAGAGCAGGGGCUCAAUGCUGCAAGGGGAGGAACCGCUGUGGGAGGAAGAAAGAUUGGUAGCUGGAAAGCCAGGAGGACAGAGAGGCUGAGCUGCCCUGUAGCACUAUAAACACCAUUUUCCUUAGCGCUUUAGCAUUCCCACAUGGGACAUAUAUGCUGUGCCCGUGUGUCCUGGGGUGGAGUGGGGGAGCCUGUGGUCUCACCCCCCAACCCCGAGAUACGGGCAGUCCCGCUCUUGUAAGGCGAAGGGCUGCGGGUUCUCUCGUCUCGGGCAGGACAGCUCGUUCCCUGCUGCGUAGCGUACUCGUUCCCUGUGCCUUCUGCUAGCGCUGCUCCUGCAGGAGCUAUACAGAUUCCUGCAGCCAGCGUUGCCUUGUAUCCAAAGCUGUACGGACAUAUCAAAGUACUGAGCACAAUAAAUAUCUUUUUAAACAGA